AGGGAAAGAACAGCAACAAGCGCUAACAAACAGACUGCCAGCCAAAUAGCUCUCGGAAACGUCCAUAAGUCAUUUGUGCAGCAGAACAUCAAAGUUCACCCAGAAGAACCUACAGAGAAAGUUUGUCAUCUGAAGACUAUACCAGGUAUCUGUGUUUAUUGGUGUUGUCCUUUGAUGAGUCCCAUGUUGCCUGAAGUUCCAGCCUGUCCCUCGCAGUUAGCAGCACUCACCCUGCCCACUCCUAGUGAAGUCACAGCCAUUUUCAUUUCCGUGUGGUUUACAAGAUGAUGGAAGACAGCAAUGUGUAAUCUAUUUCUGGAGACAGAGUAUAAGAUUUUAUGAUUUUUAUCUGAGCGACGCAAGGAGAGAUCUGCCUCAGUUAUUAGACCAACAUAAAGCUCUAAAGCUUACAGAAAAGUAAUCUGUAUCUCGUGGAAAAAUUUAGAAACUCAUCUAAAGCCUUUGAGCUGUAAUGCUGCAUAAUGGAAUGGCUUCUAAAAAUCAAGUGGAUACAUCAGUCAUUGUCAACAAAUACUGAUUCCCACUGUUUGUUUUAGAUUUACAACAAGCGAGUGCAUUGUGAACUUUCAAUAUGGAUAAACAAAGUACAAGAAAAUCUCUUCCCUUCUUCAUACGUCCCUCCCACUUCACAGUGCUGGUAUUGAUGGCUCUACUGCUCCUGGUGCUGAAUUUGUAUGGCAUAAUGUAUGAUAACACUGCAAUAAUUGGAUCUAAGUCGAAAUGGAGGAGAUAUCCAGUUCCAAAGUUUAACCACACCAUGAGACAAAAAGCGGAGACAAGGAAUCUCCAUUGGACAGACAAGCUGGUGCAAAAUGGCUACCAGAAUCACAGCUUCACCCCUGAAGAAAGGUCAGAGGGAAUGUUCCUUAUGAAAAUGAUCGAAUGGCCUAAAUCACCCAACUCUUCUAUGCCAUUUCGGAAAAGCAGUGACCCAGCACAUGUUCGUUUUGUAAUUUUAAAUUCUGCAAAGACUUUCUAUGUGGGGGAUCAGCUGCAAGUGAUGCUGCAGAUGUAUGAUUUUGACGGUCACCCAAAGCAAUAUGGGGGUGACUAUCUCCAAGCUCGGAUCCACACCCCAGCUUUAAAAGCUGGUUCAGCAGGAACAGUUAUAGACAAUGAAAAUGGAUUUUACUAUAUCAAUUUUAACUUAUCUUGGCCGGGGAAAGUUGAAGUUUCUGUUUUACUGGCUCAUCCCAGUGAAGGAAUCCAAACACUCAAAAGACUACGUGAGGAACGACUAACGAGAGCAUAUUUUCAAAGUAUCUUCAAGAAUAGGAAGAUUUUAGAGACUACUCAAUGUAACCUUUAUUUGCCUCAGACUGGGCCACUCUGUAACUUUACUGAUCCCAGGACUGGGGAGCCCUGGUUCUGUUACAAACCAAAGAAACUUCCCUGCUCUGCUCGUAUUAGCUCGACUGUAGCAGGAUUUCUAACAAAUCUCUUCAUUGGAGAAGAGAAGCUUUAUUUCCAAAGUCGGAUCAACCUCAAGCAGCCCAUAUUACCCAGUGGCACAGGAUACAUAAUGGUAGAGCCUUCACCUCGACCAACUCCGGGUCUUGGAAAAUGUGUCCGGGGACAGCCCGUUGUAUCACCGUCUGGUUUUUAUUAUAAGGACCAGUGGAUGUCAUCGACCUGCAAUAUUUACCACUUUGACACUCCUGCAAAAAUGACAGACUGUCUUCGUCGAAAAAAAGUUUACCUGUUUGGAGAUUCCACUAUGCGUCAGUGGUUUGAAUAUUUAACUCAAUCCAUUCCAGGUCUGAAAACAUUGGAUCUUGGUAAUCCUAUCAAGAUUGGUCCUCAUCUUGCAGUGAACGUAGAAAACAACAUUGUGGUAAAAUUUCGUCCUCAUGGUCUUCCCAUCCAAUUCAACACCUUUUCAAGACACCUGCGUUAUGUUUCAAAUGUACUGGAUGAAAUUAGAGGAGGAGGAAACACAGUCAUAGCCAUUACUUUAGCGGCCCAUUUUACCCCUUUUCCUGUCGAAGUCUACAUUCGGAGAAUACAGAAUAUCAGGAGAUCAAUUCUACAAUUACUUGACAGGAGCCCGGAUACAUUGGUUGUAAUAAAAACAGCCAAUGUCCGGGAACAGCCCCCACAGAUCAUUACCUCUGCCAGUGACUGGUACGCUUAUCAGUUUGACUCAGUGAUGAGGAAGAUGUUCACAGGCAUCAAUGUGGUAUUUGUUGAUGCCUGGGAGAUGACAAUAGCACAUUACCUUCCUCACUAUAUACAUCCCGGGAGAAUUAUUAUAAAGAAUGAAGUAGAUGUGUUUCUUUCACAUGUGUGCCCUUCUGUAAAAUAAAAUUUGUAUGGAA